GCCCUCAUAUGACAACAUCGCCAUAGUUGGGAGUGAAACGGGAAGUUGAGUCACGGACACACUGCUUUGUCUUUACCUCAAAAUUCGAUUAGAUAAGCCAGAUAAGCGUCAGAAAAACAAUUAAAAGUCACAAUGCCCACCUGUAUUCCUUUGCCAGACAACAUGCCCGCCUUGUGUGAGAAUUGGGACGCGGGCGAGAGGAGAAAUUUCAUCGCUUCUGUUGUUUCGGGAACACUGUUUGCCCUCGGGUGGUGGUGCAUAAUUGAUGCGGCAACCCAAUACCCAGACAAUGAAAGUUUCAAUCACGCCUAUCACGUGUGUGGUGUUAUUGCUACAAUUGCCAUGUUCAUGGUUAACUCAGUGAGCAACGGACAAGUGCGAGGGGACAUGUACACGGAUGGAUGCAUGGGUCCCCUCGGUGCACGUAUCUGGCUCUUCCUAGGCCUCAUGCUCAGUUUUGGCUCGCUCAUCGCUGCCGGCUGGAUCCUCUUUGGGGGCUAUGUCAUCCCAAAGAGUAAUUUCUUCUGGCCUGGUGUUGCUGUAUUUCUCCAAAACAUGUUUAUCUUCUUCAGCUCUGUCAUCUAUAAAAUUGGACGUUCUGAAGACAACUGGGGUUAAAGAGGUGGUUUCAAAGAGGUUCAGUUGUCUUUUAGUGUGUGCAAUUACUGUUAAUGAAACUGGGAAUUAUUGGUGUCUUAAUUGUCACUUGAAGCUGAAUCUGUGAAGCGUUUUGAAUUGGAAGGGUUUUAGUUUACUCAUGCUGCGAUGGUAUGCAGCAUUCUUAUCUCUCCCCCUUUUUUAUAGUCUAGUUCUUUUUGUGUAAUGCAUUUUUAUGAGUAACAUUUUCUUAUAUAUAUUGCUGAUUAAUGUCUCAUUAAUGCCUAUAAUUGUCAGCAAUAAUUAUAUUUUUUUUUAAUGAAAAAAGAAUCUAGAGCUUAACACAUGUAAAGCAAAAAUAUUUUCACUAUUUAUUUUUAGGUUUAGAACCUUAUUGUGAUUUAUACCCUUAACGGUGAUUGUAAACUUUUAUUAACUCAUGAUUUUAGACUUGUAUUCAUUACUGUAUAGAAAUUUGAUCCUAAUUCAGAAGAAAAUGGAUAGUGGAAUUAAAUUCUAUGUUCUAUAGUAAAAGUAUACUCCUCAUUUCAUAAUUUUCCUUCAUUACUAAUUGAUGCAAGGUAAGUAGGCUUUCUUACCUCAUUUACUUAUGUCUUUUAUGUCCCAUAAUAUCCUGAAAGGGAUGGACAGGUCACACUCAGUUACAUUUGCUUUGUUUCUCCAGCUGUGAUUAUUUGUAGCCAUAGCUUUAGUGUGUUCAGUUUAUGUAUAUGUAUACAGUAAACGUCCACAUACUUUCUGCAUUAUGUUGUGAUGUGAAAGAUUCAUGUUUUAUAGGGUAUGGAUAUGUAGGUGAGGAAAAGACAUUUUAACUCCAUUAAAAAAAAUUAAUCAAGUGGCAAUGCAUGUUAAUGGUAUAUGAAGCAUGUGUGUUACGUCUCAUUGUACCCAUACAACCCUCUGCUGAUAAACUGUUUCUUUUAAUAUGUGUCUAAGGCCACAUUCCAUAGAGAAAAUCUAUCAAGUGUCAGAUGGCUCACUUUACUUAUAUGGAAGAUGUUCUCCUUUUAAAAAAUAUUUUUUUGUGAGCUUAUAUUUCGUACAGAAGCAAAUUCAGGGAAGGAAAUUACUCUAUGUUCAUGAUCUUGAUAGUUCUAUCUAGGAUGAACAAAUAUGCGAAAUUGCUUUAGUUCAGCUGUGGGCUAUGGAUAUAGAUAUACAGGAAUACAUGUAUUUAUAAGGCAAAAUCCUUUGUACUUCAUUGUGAGAGAAUGACAGACUUCUGUAGAUAGCUAUUCAAUAUAUAUAUCUCUUAUCUA